GUCACUGUUGAUCUUCAUCCAAACAGGCCAGAGCUGCGAGGUGUUCAUGCGCCUGGUAUGGAGCCUGUGGCUUUAUCACCAGACCCAACCUUCAAAGAGAUCGAAACAGCAGGUGGCAAGGUGGUCAAGAAUGAUCAACCACAUCUUGUGCUUGAUGGGAUGUUUGCUGUAUCUGGCGAGAUACCAAGGCUGACCGACUACGAGAAAGGAAUGAAGUUUGGCGCCAGACUGAGCAAAGGAAGAUGGAUCGAGGAUGAAACAUUGAUGGAUGAGAGACUCCUCAUGUGCAAGAUUAAAGAUAAGGGCGUCGUCGUCUUCACGGGCUGUAGCCACGCUGGUGUGGUCAACGCAUCUCGACACGCUGUGGAGCUGAGUGGUGGUGCUCCAUUGUAUGCUGUUAUGGGUGGCUACCACCUAGCGGACGCAGAACACACCAGAAUCCAGAGCACAGUGGCCGAUCUGAAAGCAUUGAACGCAAAGCUUUUACUUACAGGUCACUGCACUGGGUGGCGGGCCAAGUUUGAGGUAGAGAGGCAUAUGCCCGGGCGCUUGGUUCCAUCCUUCGUUGGAUCCAAG